UCUACAGUGGUACUAUAUAAGGAUACAUAUGAUAGAGGAAAUGCACUCAAAAAUCAAACAACAUUUUAAAAAAAAAAAAUCAAAAAGUUUAGAUGGCAAAGGUGAGAAGUGGUAGUAAUGGUAAGAAAAACAACGGUAUUUUGAAGCUUAAGCUAGUUCUGGAGAGAUUGCAAAAGGGUCUUUUCUUAGCCAAGAAAAGGAGAGAGUCGUUUUCUGGCCAAGAAAUGGUACCAAAAGACGUGAAAGAAGGACACUUUGCUGUGAUAGCAUCCGAUGAUUAUGUUGAAAGGAGAUUUAUUGUUCCUAUCACUUAUCUCAGACACCCUGAAUUUUUAAGACUCUUGGAGAGGGCUGCAGAAGAGUAUGGAUUCGACCAUGAAGGUGCAUUGAUGAUACCUUGUAGACCAAGUGAGCUAGAGUGGAUAUUAGAGAAGCAAAGAAGGUCUGAAGAUGGUGAAAAUUGGCAUUCAUAUAAAACCAUGGUGGAAAGCUGUUGAAAUUUUGAACAUAUAUAGUGUAUUUAUAAAACGUAAUCUCUACUCUUUUUUUUUUUUUUUCAAAUGUUUGUUAUCGGAAUGCCUAUAUGCAAAUCCUUGGCAAGUGAAAUUAAAAGGUUUUAUUGUGAACCGCCCUUUAGUUCUUUUGAUAAAAAUAUGUGUAACAUAUUUUAUAUACAUAAUAUUAUAGGAAAUUAUUGGCUAAAAUAUUAAAAAAAAAAAUCUAAACAAUUA